AUGGUGCUACACGUGCACAUUUAGUAAACAUUCAGCUUAUUCGUAACCUACAGUUCAUUUCACAUAUCGAUAUAUAAACACUUUCAUUGAAAGGCUUUGCACGUUCAUGUCAGACCCCAUAACAGUUUGCCGACCGCUUUCGCCAUUCAAAAGCCUAUAGCAUACUGCUAUGAACGAAGAUCAAGAAAACAUCUUCCCUGUUGAUGACGAUUUAUUCGAUGAAACAUUUUCAGCGGAUUGUGUCUAUACAUUUUGUGGCGAGGAGUUCAAAAUCAAUCAGGCUUUUAGCGCCAACUUGGGGGUGGCUGCUCCAGUGUGGGAUGCUGCUCUCCAUUUAUGUCGCUUCUUUGAAGAGAAGCGCUUUCCUUUGAAGGGAAAGAAGAUAAUCGAGUUAGGUGCUGGAACUGGUAUUGUGGGAAUCUUGGCAGCACGGUUAGGAGCUGAUGUAACAAUCACAGAUUUGCCACUUGCUGUCCCACAACUCCAGAGCAAUGUCUCUGCCAACACACCUUCAGGGGGCUGGCCCUCUGUCGAGCCCACUGUGGUCCCUCUGUCCUGGGGUCAGGAUCAGAAGAACUUCCCCUCAGACUGGGACCUGGUGCUAGGUGCAGACAUCGUCUACCUGUCUGACACUUACCCACUUCUCUUAGAGACUCUCACUCACCUGUGCGAGGAUGGAGCGGUGGUGUACCUGUCAUCCAAGAUGCGCAAGGAGCAUGGAACUCCCUGUUUUUAUGACGAUGACCUGCCUCAGAAAUUCCAAGUUGAGUUGGUGCAACGUGACCAAGAGCAGAACAUAAAUAUUUACCGGGCCACACUGAGAGAUGUAUGACCGCUUGCAUCAGUGUUCAAAAAGAUUCCUCCAUGUUUCCUAUCUAAGGUUUCAAAGAUGAACCACAACUGAACAUACACAUUUAUAAUACCUUAACCAAAGUUACACAUUUUUUACACUUUGGAAUAACAGCGCAUAUAGUGGUAAAUUGGAUUUUUUUAAAUUGUAGUGCUUGAUACAGACAUACAUACAGCGGAAGCAAAUCCAUUGAGUCCAUCAUUUUCAUGUUGAACCAUUCAGUGACAAGUUUACUUUUUAAGCUUUGACAAUGACAUUUAUGUUUAAUUACUACACAUUUUUGCCUUUUUCUUUGUUUUUACAUGUGUUUAACAUCAUUGUUGAAAUUAAGAGUUUAUAGAGUAUAUGGUGCUUCACGAUUUUGUCAUAAAUAUCUUUCAACUUCAAAUGGUAUGUUUUUAAUUGACUGAAAAGUGCAAUGAGACAUGAAUAAACAGUACAGCCGGUGGUUCCGUCCAAAGGCAAAUAUUUUUUUUGUCCACACAGACAGAUUUUGCUAUCAGUGGCACCCUGGUUGCUAAACGAGUGCAUCCUUUCAUCGUUUUUUUCCUCCUGCUCUGUGCUGAUGCACUGAAUUUCUGUUCAGAAAGAAAAGCCUGUUUGUUCCGCUGGGGAG